GUUGGUCUGCUUGCGCGUAUGAAGAAGGUGGUCGAAACUCUGCGUGGUGUAAGCCGACACCAGGAGCAGUGUGGCCAUCCACCAUGGGGUGGACAUGUGCGUAUUACAGAGAAAAGGGCCUCUGCAACAACGGGAACAUCAGCACAUGGGCCAUGGGCAAGAUGCACAACUACCCCGAGCGAAACUGCUGCGGCUGUCAUGCUGUCCAGAACACGACGUGCAACAGGAACACUGGUGGCCUGUGCAGUUUCGGCUUUUGCGAUCCGUCCCGCGGGCCUACUGUUUGCGUCGAUGGUAAAUGCCUAUGUCAGGAGGGACACUGUGGCACAACUGCCGGCGUGUGCUCUUUGACAGUCGAGGCCAUCGAGGAGUCGCUGCUCACACCAGAAGGAGUCCAUGAAGCAGCCGGGCAAGCAACCAAAGCCGGGAUUUCUGCCGCGGAUGCAGCGAGAACAGCUGGUAAAAGCGCUGCAGACGACGUAAAUGCUGCGGCCACCGCUGCAGGCCGAGCCGCAAUUCGAGCUGGUUUGUCAAGGGAGCAGGCCGCAGAG